AUGUUAGCUGAUCUAGAGAUCUCCUCCAUCUGGUACGUAGCUCUGUUGCUACUACCAGCGUGGAUCAUCUAUGGCGCCAUUUGGCGUCUAUACUGGAGUCCGCUGGCCGGAUUCCCAGGACCCAAGUGCGUGGCUUUGACCUUCUGGGUGGAGUUUUACUACGACGUGGUCAAAAACGGCAUGUUCAUGUGGGAAAUCGAAAAGAUGCAUGUCAAAUAUGGACCCAUUGUGCGCAUCAGCCCUGACGAGCUCCAUUGCAAUGACCCUGACUUCUUCGACACCAUAUACGCCUCACUACCAGAGCAGCGCGACAAGUACGAGAAAUUCACCCGCUCCCCGGACUGCAACAAUGCCACUGGAUUCACAGUCCAGCAUGCCCAUCACCGGCUCCGGCGGAAUGCUCUCGCCCCAUUCUUCAGCCAGCGCAACACGGUUCUCCUGGAAGACCGUAUCAAGAGCUGUAUUGACCGGCUAUGCUCGAAUCUACGACACUACCGCGAUACGCAGCAACCGUUCAAUUUGACCGUGGGAUCGCUGGCCGCUACCAUGGACAUUUUCACUAGCUACAGCUUCGGCGAGUCAUUGGGGAUGCUGGAUGACGAGAAGAAGGCGUUCAAAUGGCGUGAAACUAUCGUCCACAUUAUGAAGGCUUUGCCUAUUGUGCGGGCCUUUCCGUUCAUGGCGCGUUUGGCCCCUGUGCUUCCAGCAUCUGUGGCAAGGUUCGUCAUGCCUGACUUGUCGGUGUUGAUGGAGUGGAAGCAGAACAUCCGCAACCAAGUAGCAGACGUCCUCGCCUACCGAGGCCCCUACGCAAAAGCAAACCGCGACACGAAACCGAAAACUAUCCUCGAAGAACUCCGUGACACGAACAAGCUUCCUCCAGAGGAAAAGACCCUCCAACGGCUCUCCGAAGAGGGCUCGAUCCUGUUGAUUGCGGGCAGCGAAACUCCCGCGAAAGUCAACGCCAUACUUUUCUACCACCUUCUCGCCAACCCAGAGAAGCUGGAUCGUCUCCGCGCCGAGCUCGCAACUAUCUACCCCAAUCCAUCUGCCCCUCUUCCUUCUAUCACGUCCCUCCAGGCCCUGCCCUACUUAACAGCUUGUAUUAUGGAAGCUUUACGCCUGCAAAGUGGCGUCUCAGGCCGCUCGCCUCGUCUGGCUCCAACGCCUCUGCAAUACAAACAACAUUCCAUUCCCGCUGGGACACCGAUCAGCUCGAUAUCUGUGUUCCAGCACUAUAACGAAGACAUCUUCCCUGAGGCGAAGACUUUCAUCCCAGAGCGAUGGCUCACGCAAGACGAGACGGUACGAAACGACCUCAAACAAUACCUCGUGGUAUUUGGCCAUGGAACUCGAAAUUGUCUAGGUCAGCCACUGGCAGACGCAGAGCUGUAUCUUCUAGCGGCCGCGUUGGCGACGAGAGUUGAGCUUCAGCUGUAUGAGACGGAUAUCGAGGAUGUUGAGAUUCAGAGGGAUUGGACGGUCCCGCAGGCGCGAUUGGGGUCGCAGGGUGUGAGGGUUUUGGUUAAGGAGGUUUAUUCCUGA